GUUAUGUGGCUAUUAAUGGAAUGCCCCAAAUUGUUGCUUCAAAAUGUAGUUUCCAAGUUGAUGAAGUACAACGAAACAGCUGAUCGGAUGUAAACAAAAAAGAAUGCUGGAUAUCGCUGCACAACUCCUUGCCGUGGGCCUCUUGUGGGGCGUUACCAAUCCGUUCAUUCGCCUCGGCAGCCAGGGAAUCGAGUCGGUUGGUAAUACCGGUUCCAAGUGGCGCAACUUCGUCCAGGAGGCACGCACAAUCGGCUCCCGGUGGCGCUAUUGGAUACCCUUCGGUCUCAACCAGUGCGGGAGUGCUCUGUACGUUUGGACGCUCCAGAGGGCCAGUAUUACGGUAGCGGUGCCAGUGGCCAAUUCCCUGAGCUUCGCAUUUACGGCAAUCACCGGAUAUGCGCUGGGGGAAAAACUGCCGGGAAGGAAAGUCAUUCUGGGCACCCUGCUCGUCUGCUGUGGCAGUAUCCUGAUGAUAUACGAUAAGAUUUUGCAGGAACAGGCUCAGCACCAGCUAAAUAUAACAUUCCACUGAGGUUACCCUAAACCCAA